AUGGGCGCGAUCUCGGCACUGGGGCUGCUCACACUGUUCCACCUCCUGUCAAACUCUAGGGCCCAGCCCGGCAGCCCCGCGAUAUCCAGCCCGAGCCGCCGCUUGAACCCCCGAAACUCAGUUCAAUACGUCCCCGAUAUCCAGCCCGGGAACCCCCGCGAUACCCAAUUCGAUAUCUCCCCGAUAUCCAGUCCGGGAGCCCCCGCGAUACCCAAUUCGAUAUCUCCCCGAUAUCCAGCCCGGGAGCCCCCACGAUACCCAAUUCGAUAUCUCCCCGAUAUCCAGUCCGGGAGCCCCCGCGAUACCCAAUUCGAUAUCUCCCCGAUAUCCAGCCCGGGAGCCCCCACGAUACCCAAUUCGAUAUCUCCCCGAUAUCCAGCCCGGGAACUCCUGCGAUCCCCAAUUCGAUACCUCCCCGAUAUCCAGUCCGGGAGCCCCCGCGAUACCCAAUUCGAUAUCUCCCCGAUAUCCAGCCCGGGAACCCCAGCGAUACCCAAUUCGAUAUCUCCCCGAUAUCCAGUCCGGGAACCCCCACGAUACCCAAUUCGAUACCUCCCCGAUAUCCAGCCCGAGCCGCCGCUUGAACCCCCGAAACUCAGUUCAAUACGUCCCCGAUAUCCAGCCCGGGAACCCCCGCGAUACCCAAUUCGAUAUCUCCCCGAUAUCCAGUCCGGGAGCCCCCGCGAUACCCAAUUCGAUAUCUCCCCGAUAUCCAGCCCGGGAGCCCCCACGAUACCCAAUUCGAUAUCUCCCCGAUAUCCAGCCCGGGAACUCCUGCGAUCCCCAAUUCGAUACCUCCCCGAUAUCCAGUCCGGGAGCCCCCGCGAUACCCAAUUCGAUAUCUCCCCGAUAUCCAGCCCGGGAACCCCAGCGAUACCCAAUUCGAUAUCUCCCCGAUAUCCAGCCCGGGAACCCCAGCGAUACCCAAUUCGAUAUCUCCCCGAUAUCCAGUCCGGGAACCCCCACGAUACCCAAUUCGAUACCUCCCCGAUAUCCAGCCCGGGAACCCCAGCGAUACCCAAUUCGAUACCCCGCCUGUAUCCCGAUACCCAGCCCCAUGGGUUUCCGAUUCCCAGCCUGAUACCCAGCUCCAGGAGCCUUCGAUACCCGGUGCCGAUUACAGAUGUGGCUUCAGAACCUCUCGGCCCAAAUGGACCUGCGGGACCCCCGGGCAAGGACGGAAUCGAUGGUGAGGCCGGACCACCUGGUCUGCCAGGCCCAGAGGGCGUGCGAGGUGAACCAGGAGACCCUGGCAGUCCAGGACCCCCCGGCCUUGCAGGACUUCCAGGAGUGGAUGGUUUACCAGGUGCAAAUGGUCCAGCUGGUGCUGCUGGAAGACAGGGCGAUAGGGGAGACCCAGGACCACCAGGGCCACCUGGAGUGUCCAGGCUAACGUACCAGCCGUGGCCACCGCUGCUGCAUGGCGCUGCCAGUGUGCAGAGCUGCGGGCCCCUGAUUGGCCAGCAGCAGCUCUAUGAGGCGGAGCUUCCUCCUGGAGGGGGACAAAAUGUCCAGCCCAAUGCUAAUUUAAAAGGGCAUCGUCUAAAAAAAAGAUUAAAAGUGGAACGAAAGUGGGGCGCGGAGAGCCAGCGCUCAACGAACCGGGUCAGGUUGGAGCUGCGAACGUGUUACUUUAGAAACUACCCUGAAAACACAGAUGAGGCCUUAAAAAUUAUGAAAGGGUUCAACAGGUCCCAGCAGCACCAGGAUGGAGCAGUGGCCAUUGCUGAGACCACCGGCAGCCACGACAAAGGGGAGGCUACGGAAGCCAGACUCAAGGGACCCCAAGGAGACGUUGGACUCCCCGGAGCCCAGGGCCCUCAAGGGCAACGGGGUGAAGAUGGUCUGCCUGGACUUCCAGGACCCCCUGGACCCCCCGGGACCCCGGGUCUCCCAGGGCUUUUCACAGGUGAAGGAAGUGGUGACUUUUCAUGCCCAGCUGUCUGCCCUCCUGGUCCUGCUGGCCCUCCUGGAAUGCCUGGAUUCAAGGGUCACACAGGGCACAAGGGAGAGCGUGGAGAACCUGGAAAAAUAGGCGCUAAGGGUGAUACUGGACCUCCAGGUGUAUCAGGCAUUCCAGGAGCUAUCGGAUUACAGGGUCCGCGAGGUUUGAGAGGCCUUCCUGGUAAACUUGGUCUUCCUGGUAACAGAGGUCCCACGGGAUUCCGUGGACCUGUCGGUCCUCCUGGGCCUCCAGGGAAAGCUGGAGAUACAGGUCCAAAAGGACACUUUGGAUUCCAAGGAACAAAGGGAGAGCCGGGGAAGAUUGGUCCCAGAGGCCUCCCUGGAGUUGCAGGACACAAGGGCGAGCUGGGAAUUCCAGGUCGGGAUGGGAGAGACGGAAAUCCAGGAAUCAACGGUGAAAAGGGUGAGCCAGGGGAACAUGGAGGCCCUGGAGAGAAGGGUCCAGUUGGACAACCUGGAUUGCCAGGAAAGCCAGGACCUAAAGGAGCGAGUGGCGAACUGGGAGGCCAAGGACCAAUGGGAGGUCCAGGACCCAGGGGACCACCUGGCAGUGCGGGACCUUUGGGAGACUCUGGUCUGAUGGGAGAACGUGGACCAAGAGGAGUUGAUGGGGAAAUGGGACCAGCUGGGGAACGUGGAAUCCGGGGGGGUAGAGGUUUCCAGGGUCGGAAAGGUGAGAGCGGCGAGCCAGGUGUUCCGGGACCUACAGGAAUCCGUGGGACUUUUGGGGAGAGGGGUCCUGUUGGAGUUUCUGGUCCCAAAGGUAACCAGGGACUCGCAGGGUCUGAUGGGCUCCCAGGAGAAAAAGGAGAUUUGGGCCAGCCAGGACCACAGGGGCAGAAGGGAGAGGCAGGAGGUCGUGGUGAGGUGGGACCCAAAGGUAACCCUGGUCCAGCCGGCGUUCCCGGAACAGAUGGUGUUCCUGGUCCUCCUGGGUCAAUGGGUGUGGCCGGAGAGCGUGGAGUCCCUGGCAUUACUGGAAAAACAGGUGCUCCUGGAAAACAUGCAAGUGAGCAGCGAAUCCGGGAACUCUGUCACGGCCUGAUCAAUGAUCAAAUCGCAUUGUUAGCAAAUAAUCUGAGGAGGCCAAUGGCCCCUGGAAUGACAGGGCGGCGUGGUGUCGCUGGACCUCCAGGCCCACCAGGGCCAAAGGGCGGAGUUGGCCACCCGGGCAGACGAGGCCCAACAGGAUUAACUGGACCAUCGGGAGAACUUGGCGAUACAGGCCCUCGAGGUGACCGUGGUAUCAAGGGAGACAAGGGCGUUAUUGGCAAAGCCAUUGAUGGUUUAGUAGGACCUCAAGGGCCUGCAGGGCCCCCAGGAACCAUGGGACUUAGUAAGAAUGGACGAGAUGGAGCACAAGGUGACCCAGGCCCUCCAGGAGAGCCGGGACGAGCUGGAAGAAAUGGCGCUAUGGGAACACCAGGAAUCUGCGACACCUCUGCUUGCCAGGGAGCUGUCGCAGCAGUAAAAUCAGGAAGUCCCAAAAAAUCGUGA